AUGGAGGUGAAGUGGAUUCACGUGUUGGUCAUCUUCUUCUUCCUGCUGUCUGUUGCGAUGACGGGCUGCUUUCUCUGGCAGUACAGCCUGCCCAAGGUGGAGCCCAGCCCGUCUGUGAUGGAAGUGAGAUCAGAAGCUGUGCAGAUGUGCCCCCGCUAUCCUGAACCAGUACCGCUGGACCAUCCAAUCCCCAUUCUGAAGGACGCAUUGGAGAAGGUAGACAUGAUGCUGCGCCAAAAGAUUCAUAGCUCUGGUCUCCCUGCCAUGUCUGCCAUUGUUAUCUACAACGACACUGUGCUCUGGACAGGCAACUUCGGAAAAAAGAAUGGUUCGGACCCAGCCUCAGUGUUGCCCAAUGAGUACACUAUUUACAGAAUUGCCAGUGUCUCCAAGAUCUUUCCCACCAUCAUGUUGUACAAGAUGUGGGAGGAAGGAAAAGUCACAUCUCUUGAUGACCCACUGGAACGUUACGCUCAGAACUUUAUUAUUAAGAACCCUCUGGGAAGGCUCAAGGAAUCAGAACAGAAAUACACAGCAGAUGGGCUCAGUUUUUUGGAAAAAGGCUCAAUGCCUCUUAAGCAAUCACCUGUUACCUUGCGCAGAAUGGCCAGCCAGCUCUCAGGUCUGCCCAGGAGGCUGCGAUCUACCAGCCUGCUAUGGAAGGGCAAUACACAAGAAGCUCUAGCUCUCCUGAAAGAUGAUGUCUUGGUUGCUGAUCCUGGAACCAGAUGCCACUACAGCAAUUUGGCCUUCUCACUGAUGGCGCACGUGCUAGCUGACCAUGCAGCUGAGGGGCAAUACCAGCGCUGGAUCUCAGAGAACAUCCUGGACCGCUUGGGCAUGGAGGACACUGGCUUUGACAUCACGCCACCAAUCCGCUCCCAGAUGGCUGUGGGUUUCUAUGGCAGCCAGCAGCCAGCCCCUCUCUAUGACCUUGGCUGGUACAGGCCUUCUGGCCAGAUGUACUCCACAGCUGCUGACCUUGCCAAGCUGGCAAUGGUCUUCUUAGGCACCUACCACCGUCGUCUCCUAGAGCCUGACACAGUGAAGACAAUGCUGACCCCUCUGUUUAAGUGCUCCACUGAAUACUUUGCUAACAAGACUGGCACACCCUGGGAAAUCAACGAGCAAUUGGGAUAUGAUGUCAUUAGGAAGGAUGGAGACCUUGAUGGUUAUUCAGCUACCUUCUCUCUUAUCCCCAAGCUCCGCCUGAGCUUCAUUGUGCUGAUGGCAGGGCCCAGACCACAGGGUGGAGAUAUCGUGACUCAGACAUAUGAGUAUCUUAUUCCUGCCAUGGAGACAGCAUUCAGAGAGGCAGAGAAAAACUUGAUUCCUCCUCCCAGUCCAGGCCCUUAUGUUGGGUACUAUACUUAUUCCAACCUGACUUUCUAUGAGAUCAAAGUUGGACCUGGUGGGGUGCUGGUCAUGCAACAGUUUGGGCCUCAUGUGGAAGAGCUGAUUCCUGAAAAGUACCGGACAAUCAAGCUCCACCACCUGGAAGAUCGCAUCUUCCAAGUUGUUUUUGACAAGGAGUUCCCAUGUAUUCUUCACCUGGGCUCUGCCUCCAUCUCACUGGAGACCCAAAAUGGGCAGCUUUUCAACUUUUAUCCAUUCGAUCGCAAGGGUUUGUCUCCUGGCUUUGAUGCACCAGGACUGAACACUUACAAUGUGGUGCGUGUACUUCGUAAACCUGUAUUCUAUAGCUAA